AACGCAAAAGAAAUAUUUUUUUCGAACAACGAACAAAGAAUUAUUGACCGUUGAAGUGUACUUAUCGCGUUUUAAUUUUGCAGUUUGUUUGUAGUUUUUGUGAAAGAACCGAAAUUGUUUCUCGUUAUUUUAGUAAAAUUUUACAUUUAUUCAAUUUUUCUACAAGUUAUCGUAAUCAAGAAGAAUGCAGAUCUUCGUAAAAACGUUGACUGGUAAAACCAUCACCCUUGAGGUAGAGCCCAGCGACACGAUCGAAAACGUUAAGGCAAAAAUUCAAGAUAAAGAGGGUAUCCCUCCCGACCAGCAACGUCUCAUCUUCGCCGGAAAGCAGCUCGAAGACGGUAGAACCUUAUCCGAUUACAACAUACAGAAAGAGUCCACGUUGCAUUUGGUUCUUCGUUUGAGAGGCGGUAUGCAGAUUUUCGUAAAGACCUUGACCGGCAAAACGAUUACGCUCGAAGUUGAGCCAAGCGACACGAUCGAAAACGUUAAGGCGAAAAUACAAGACAAAGAAGGCAUCCCACCCGAUCAACAACGUCUCAUCUUCGCCGGUAAACAACUCGAAGACGGCAGAACCCUUUCGGACUAUAACAUCCAAAAAGAAUCGACCUUACAUUUAGUUCUGCGAUUGAGAGGCGGUAUGCAGAUUUUUGUGAAAACCUUGACUGGUAAGACGAUCACCCUCGAAGUCGAGCCAAGUGACACCAUCGAAAACGUCAAGGCGAAGAUCCAAGACAAGGAAGGUAUUCCUCCCGACCAGCAACGUCUUAUUUUCGCCGGAAAACAACUCGAAGAUGGCAGAACGUUAUCCGAUUACAACAUCCAAAAAGAAUCGACUCUUCAUUUAGUCCUGCGUCUCAGAGGAGGUAUGCAGAUCUUCGUAAAAACGUUGACUGGUAAAACCAUCACUUUGGAAGUCGAGCCUAGUGACACGAUCGAAAACGUAAAGGCAAAAAUUCAAGAUAAGGAGGGAAUCCCCCCUGAUCAGCAACGUCUUAUCUUCGCCGGUAAGCAGCUCGAAGAUGGUAGAACUCUUUCGGAUUACAACAUUCAGAAAGAAUCCACCCUCCAUUUAGUACUUCGAUUGAGAGGAGGAAUGCAAAUUUUCGUAAAAACCUUGACCGGAAAGACAAUCACUCUCGAAGUUGAACCUAGCGAUACGAUCGAAAACGUGAAAGCCAAAAUACAAGAUAAAGAAGGCAUCCCUCCCGAUCAACAACGUCUCAUUUUCGCUGGCAAACAACUCGAAGACGGAAGAACUCUCUCUGACUACAAUAUACAGAAAGAAUCGACGUUGCAUUUAGUUCUCCGAUUGAGAGGAGGUAUGCAAAUCUUCGUGAAAACUUUAACGGGUAAAACGAUUACACUCGAAGUUGAGCCUAGUGACACCAUCGAAAAUGUCAAGGCCAAAAUCCAAGAUAAGGAAGGCAUUCCUCCCGACCAGCAACGUUUGAUUUUCGCCGGUAAACAGCUCGAAGACGGUCGAACCUUAUCUGACUACAACAUUCAGAAAGAAUCAACUUUACAUUUGGUCCUUCGUUUAAGAGGAGGUAUGCAGAUUUUCGUCAAAACUUUAACCGGCAAAACCAUCACGCUCGAGGUCGAACCUAGCGACACUAUUGAAAACGUUAAAGCGAAGAUUCAAGAUAAAGAAGGAAUCCCUCCUGACCAGCAACGUCUAAUUUUUGCCGGCAAACAACUCGAAGAUGGUCGUACGUUAUCCGACUAUAAUAUCCAGAAAGAGUCGACCCUUCAUUUGGUCCUACGUCUGAGAGGAGGUAUGCAAAUUUUUGUUAAAACCUUGACCGGCAAGACUAUUACUCUCGAAGUCGAGCCUAGCGAUACCAUCGAAAACGUCAAGGCCAAAAUACAAGAUAAAGAAGGAAUCCCUCCAGACCAACAACGUCUUAUCUUCGCCGGAAAACAACUCGAAGACGGUAGGACCCUUUCGGAUUACAAUAUCCAAAAAGAAUCCACGUUGCAUUUGGUAUUGAGACUUCGUGGUGGUAAUUAAGUCGACUCGAAAUCAUUCGCGUUAUUCCAUUUUUAAUUUCGUCUUUUCGUUUUAUUCUAUACAAUGUUCCGCUUAACUUUUUUCGUUUGCAUUUUUUGUUUUCGAUUUUCACGCGUCGCUAAAGUAUCAGAAAUUAUUGUAGAAAUGAAAUAAAAAUGUUUGCAUUGAUAA